UCGGCAGAACGAGGGCUUCUGAUAACUUGGGUGGAUCGGCUUGGGUGAUCAAUGGGGACAUCAAGGGAUAUAAAGGCCAAUGCGGAGCUCAAAGGGCAGCCAUCGUGGACCCAAAGGCAGCCCCAAAGAUGUCCGCAGCAGCCUCCCUGAGCCAAAUCGUGCCCAUUCUGCUGGGCCUCCCUUUCCUGACCUUGGCAUCCGACAUCCCCGUUCAAUCAAACUUUGACGUUAAAAAGUUUGAGGGAGAUUGGUUCCCCAUCGGGGUGGUGGGCAAAGAUGCCCCGGUUCACGAACUCUCUAGUCACAAGUACAACGUAUUUGCAAAACGGCACACGGGCAUCAUAUUGUACCAGUACUUUUUCAAGGAGCUUCUUCGCUUUCGUCUCCCAAAGCAGUUCCUCUCCUACUUUUGCAGCCAGUUUGGUGACUGUACAAGGUAUUCCACUGAUUACCAUGAGCAUGGCCAACCAGGUAUAUACGCCGAAAACAAUUUAGCUGAAGUGGCAACCUUUGUCGUUGUCCAGACGGACUACAGCACCUAUGCCGUUGUCUUUAUCGACACCAAGCUCGAGCUUUUCGGUCGCACGAACACAAGCAACAACGAGAUGAAGAAGAUCUUUAAUGACGUUGCGGCCGCCAAUGGUUACCCAGUGGAGAACAUUUCCUACCCUGUUGUUAAAAAGCCUUGCUACAAUUGAUAAAGGGAGCGCAUUAACAUCUGUUGGGAGAAUCGGGAGGUGAAAUUCAACACGAAUCGUAUUGGCCUUUUGGGCUGCUGCAUCUCACCCAAUUUCAUGCUCAACUGAGCCCCCCUUGGAAUCCAUUCUGUGUCAUCUGUGGCCAGAGAGCAAGAAGCUAUUAAAGUACGCAAAGCCCUGCAUCCGACUCUA